ACUGUAACGUCUUGGUAUUUACUCAUAUGCUAUAUUCAAUCAGUGAUAACACCAAACGUUACAGGGCCCAAGAGCUUGAAGACUGAGUGAGGAUGAAUUGGACGGUUUUGAUAGCGUUAUGUUUGGUUCCUUUUACUCACAGUGCCUUAGUUUGUGACCAACCCGUCGGGAUUGAAGACRGGCGAAUCCCUGAUCAGAGCUUCAAUGCCUCAUCACAAUAUAGUCGUUUCCAGUCCGCUAAAGAGGCUCGUUUGAAUAAUUAUCAAGGCAAGACUGGCGGAGUUGGGGCAUGGUGCCCAAGAAAGGAUGUCCUAAAUCCAUAUUUGCAGGUUGACUUGGGAAGUGUUCGUAAAAUUGCUUACAUCCUGACCCAAGGUCGUAAUACUACCCAUAGUCAGUAUGUCAAAGAGUUCAAGGUGUAUUACAGCACACGUGCCAAUAUUUUUAUUCCCGUAAGAGAACCAGGAACUUCAACACCAAAGCUGUUCCGUGGAAACACAGACAUGAAUAGCAUCGUUAAGACAGACCUUCGUUCAUAUCCAUCAUAUCCUAUAAACGCUAGGUACAUUCGUAUUUACCCAACAAGCUACUAUGCAAACCCAUGUAUGAGGUUUGAGCUACUGGAAUGCUUUUUAUACGUACCAACAACACUUCCCCCUACGACCACGAAACCAGCGUGUCCACAAGGAUUCAAGUUUGCCUCUGACAACGUUACAUGCGUAGAUAUUAACGAGUGCAAUGAUGGAUCCGCGAUUUGUCAUAAACCAAGUACUACGUGUGUCAAUAAAGAUGGCGGUUACUCCUGCAAAUGUAAAACCGGAUUCAAAACAAAUCAGAUGGACAAAUACAGUUGCUUAGAUAUCAAUGAAUGUACGGAGACAAAUCAUACUUGCAGUCAGAUUUGUAACAAUAACGACGGAAGCUAUUCAUGCUCUUGCAGAAUAGGAUUUUCGCUAAAUGCUGACCGCCAUAGUUGCAGCGAUAUCAAUGAAUGCACGAGUGUCGAUCCAAAUCAGAGAGGUCGUUGUAAAUCCUCCUCAACUACUUGCACCAACAACAUUGGCAGCUACAAAUGCGUAUGCUUAAGUGGAUACGAAAGGCAAGAUCAGUUUUCAUGUAUCGAUAAAAACGAAUGCAACAAUGGUGAAUCCCUUUGCAGUCUUCAGUCAACAGAGUGUGUCAAUUUGCCUGGUCGAUACAAAUGUAACUGCAAGGGUGGGUACAGGCGAACGCCUCAGGAAGCUGCUGCAAUGCCUUACAGCUGCCCUGAUAUCGACGAAUGUGCUGCAAACAACGGCGGCUGCAGUCAUGGAUGUCAGAACCUAAACGGAACAUAUCUCUGCACUUGUCCCACAGGACUUAAAAUACAAUCAGGAGACAGACAUAAUUGCAAAGACGAAAACGAGUGUCGUGUUGCUAAUGGAGGCUGUGAUCACUUAUGCCACAACACAAAUGGAAGCUACUAUUGCGCAUGUCAACCUGGGUUCAGACUGACCGAUAAAUACAAAUGCGAAGAUAUUAACGAAUGUAACGAAGGAAGCGCACAGUGUGACAAACAGUCGACUAACUGCCGCAACACCCGUCCCUAUUAUCAGUGUGAAUGCAAGCCAGGUUAUAAAGCCAUUGCCAGCGAUAAAUAUCGAUGCGAACCUCUGAGAUGCCAAGCACUUACAAAGGCUACAGGUACUAUUGUCUCUCCCUCGUCGUGCUUACAAAGUGGAGUGCCAAAGGUCAACGACGUUUGCACCUUCAGUUGUGAACCUGGAUACGAGCUUCCUACUGGUUAUAGCAGUAGUAUUACAUGUCAGGCAAAUGGAGCAUGGGGAGGAAUGGCGGUCAGCUGUGUUCGCAGGACUUGUCCCAAGCUAUCCCCGCCUGCCAAUGGAAAAAUAAGACCAGAUUUCUGCGAAAAACGUGGGAAUUAUUACAAAGAAAGCUGUUAUUAUCAGUGUGACUACAACUACCGUCCUGUUGGUGAUGUGACUAGGACCUGCCAAGCUGAUGGAACAUGGACGACACCAACGACAGCCUUCAGUUGCAAAAAAAAUGAACCUAAGCCUACUAUAUCUUGCCCCACCCCUGUCACAGUAAAGCUUCAACCUAAUGCAAGCACUGCUGAUGUAUCAGCUCUUCUUGAUGAUCCUAAAUCCAACGUCAAAAAUAUAAUCAUUUCUCCUGCAAUAUAUCAGCACACUAAAGUGUUUCCGGCAGGGGAUACUACUUUGACUUACACCGCAAGGAACUCAAUUAACGAAGUAGCUUCUUGUGUGACAUUCGUGACAGUCAAAGACGAAGAACCUCCAAAGGCUGACUACUGCCCACCAAAUAUUUACAAAAUCGUUAAUGGACAAAGUACACAGGUGUCAUGGACUCUUCCCAAGUUCUCGGAUAAUGUCGGAGUAAUUAAAGUUACUUCAACUCAAAAUCCGGGCGACACUUUCAAGGUUGGUCCGUUGAUUGUGUAUUACACCGCAAGUGAUGCUGCUGGUAACACGAUUACUUGUAGCUUUGAUGUCAUCGUCAAAAAGGCCGACUGUCCAAACCCUCCAGCGCCAGAUGGUGGCACAAUAAGCGUUCAUAAUUUCAACGGCUAUAAAUAUGCCACUAUCAAGUGUAACCCAGGCAAACAACUAUUCAUUGGAACGUGGGCAAUCUACUGUCAAAAAGACACUCUCAAAUGGGAUCCAGUACCUGAUUGUGUUGAUUCUGUACCAAUGCCUUCCUCUGGUAUCUGUGAUCAAGGCUAUGUCAAACAAGGAGGAAUGCCUAGUCAAAAUAUCUGUGUAAGGUGUCCUCGUGGCUACGCAUAUGAUACUGUCACGAAAAACUGCAACAAGUGUCCCAAAGGACAGUACAGUGAUAGAGAAAGCAGCUUAUCAUGUACCCCAUGUCCACUUAACCAAGGAACAUUGACGAAUGGUGCAAAGGCCUGCCUAAACAAGUGUUCUCCAGGCAAAGAAUCGACCGAUGGAUUUACAUCAUGCAAAUCUUGCAGACAAGGAUUUUACGAGGAUCGUUAUGGAUCUACUGCAUGUAAAGCCUGUCCGAGUGGACUCUCUACUCUUUCGAUUGGAGCAAGUCAUCUGAACGACUGCGGAGUACGACCAAGCAUCACAGAGUUUGUGGCUCAGCCAAAUAAUGUGACUGAGAGGAACCGAGUCGACAUCAUCUGCAAAGGAACUGGUGUACCUGAACCAGAAUUUGCUAUCAUGAAGAUUAAGCCAGCACCAGACGGAUUUGGUGGACCAGUGCAGAAGUCAACUAUCUUUGACAAUUCUGGUAAAAAGAUUGGUUUACGCUACACAAUCACUAAAACUACCGAACAUGAUGCUGGCUCCUAUGAGUGUGAGAUACAAAACAAGUUUGGCAAAAGUGAAAACUAUGUCUCUCUUCAUGUUGAGCUUAUCUAUGGACCGACGAGAAGCCCUCGGCGCAGCAAGACGCUAUUCGGCUGUAGAAUGUCGGUGACGAUGUGGUGGCUCUUGCUUGUUCCCGCGCUGAUUGUUGGCGUUAAUGCAGGGUUUCUCGGGAAUCCCGAUGUUAUUUUGAAAAAUUUUAAGGCGAAAUACAACAAUAGUCAAUCUGAUUUAAUCUUUAUUCUCGAUGUUUCUGGAAGCGUCUCAAACUACGGUUUUCAAACAGAGAAGAUCUUUGUAGAUAACUUACUUAAUGAGUUCAGCGUGGCACCGUAUUCCACGCGAGUGUGUGUUAUCACAUUCGGUAAAGUCGUUAAGACAGAUAUCAACUACAUUGAUAUCGAUCCUACUGACAAAACCAAGAACAAGUGCGAGUUUAAACCCUUUUUCACCCACAACGUCAAGCAUCGAUGGGGCUGGCGAACAGACAUGCAAGCAGCAUUCAGACGCACCAUGAACAUAAUACAGACCGCCAUGAACAAAGGAAGGAAGAGACUGAACGUUCAUACUGUCUCCAUGAUGAUCACUGACGGAGGCUGGAACCCCGGAAACCCUACCGCUGAGGCAAACCUUUUGAAAAGUAAAUAUAAAAACGAGCUCUUUAUGGUUGGUGUUAGUGGAUAUCGAAAAUGGCAACUUGAAGCACUCGCCAGCACAAAGUCCCAUGUCCUAGAGUUUAGCUCUUUCACAAGAUUCAAGGAGCUGGCCCUGUACAUUCGAGGAGAUGCACAUGAUCGUAUUUACAUGGAAAUGCCCAACAACAAAUGCACAUCGAGUCAGGGGUGUGACGUUAAUGCCUUCUGCGCCUGCGGUACAGUCAGCGGAAUAUACCAGUGCGUGUGUAAGCAAGGGUAUUAUGGAGCUGGUAUCAAAGGCGCUUGUUACAAAUGUCCACGUGCAACAUAUAAGCGACUUCCAAGCCCAGAAAGAUGCACUCCAUGUCCCACUCAUUCUACAACACUUAACGAAGGAAGCACUUCCAUUCGAGAUUGUGUUUGUUGGAAGGGAUACACUGGAACACCUUGUAAACCCGUCAAGUGCUCACCAGUGGCUCCACCAAUCAAUGGCAGGAUCGUUGGCAAAUGUAACAAUAUUUUCAGAUCAGAGUGUCAAUUCGAGUGUGACGAAGGUCACAGGUUAGUUGGUUCAAAGUCAAGAAUCUGUCAACACACUGGAAUAUGGAGUGGAACCAGCCCUAGUUGUCAAGUGAUUCAGUGCGCUGCUUUACCUUUGAUAAACAAUGGUAAGAUGGUAUGCACAGGGAGCGAGUAUGGUAAACACUGUACCUUCAGUUGUGAUAAUGGCUAUGAUCUGCAAGGAAAUGAGAAACGAGUUUGUCAAAUAGAUGGAACAUGGUCAGGAAAACAAACUAGCUGCAAAGUCAAAUUAUGUCCCGCCCUGCGACGUCUAGCUUUUGGUACCGUUCAUCCUGCGGAUUGCUUGACAAAACCCCAACCAUACGGCCAAGGUUGCGUUAUGAAGUGUGUGAAAGGAUACCAAAUUGAUAACCCAAAUCCAUUAACUUGUGGAAUCGAUGGACGAUGGCAAGGACAAUUCCCAACAUGCAGAGAUGUUCUCCCACCAACCAUCAUUUGUCCCACAAAUGUCAAUGGUAACACGGAUCCGGAGUCUCCUACAAAACGAGUUACGUGGGACGUACCUCAAGCAAAUGACAACGCUCAAAACCACGAUCCAAAUGCCCUUCCAAGGGUGAUCACCUCACAUCCACACAUCAAGUCACCGUACGAUUUUGCGAUUGGAACUACGCGUAUAGUUUACACCGCUACGGAUAAGAGUAAUCUGACUGCAUCGUGUACCAUGACAAUAACAGUCACAGACAACGAACCACCAUUCAUCUACUGUCCUGAUAACAUAGAGGUGAAGAAAAAGAGUGGUGUCGCGAAGACCAAUGUGUUUUGGAAACCACCGACAUACUUCGACAACUCACGUCUGCCAGUUUCAGUUUUCACGGAAGCCAAAAACGGGUCUUCUUUCAAUGAGGGAGCGUAUACCGUCACGUACAACGCGGUUGACCAGGCAGGGAAUAAAAACAAGUGCACAUUCGUUAUUCAAGUAACAAAAACGACCUGCAAAACCUUCGAUCCACCUGUCAACGGACUGAUUUCAUGUCAAGAAAAACCACUAUGGGGAGGAGAUCAGUGCACCCCGAUGUGCAACUCCAAGUUUGAUUUUUCAAGAAAACCAGCAGAAUUCUAUGUUUGUUUACACGCGGCUGAUUGGUAUCCAUUUUCAAUGGACCCGACAGUAGAUGUCUCCAUGCCAUGGCCUGACUGUACUGCUACAUUUGAUCCCAACGCUGUGAAGGGAAUGGAAUGGCAAUAUUUCUCGGGAGACUGCUCAAGCCCUGCUGCUCAACAACAAGCUAAAGAAAACUUUAUUCAAGGAGUCAAGGAGGUGAUCGGCAAUGGCGAUCCUAACUUUUGUGAAUCAACACAAGUUUGUGAUUUGGAAAGCAUUCGAGUCAUAUGUGGAAAGACACAGUCGAGAAAGAGAAGUCUUGGCUACUCUAAUGUCCUUAAAAUCGAUUUCAAACUUGACGUCAAAAGCAAUGGCCGACCCUACAGUCAAGUUAAAGCGCAAUUGAAUGACUUCAUGAACAAACUAAGAAACGCCAAGACUGGCAAGCUGAGGACUAUUAAUGUACCGGGUCUCAAUAACCAGUUUAAGGAGAUGCACGAGGGAGAUGUGCAAAGAACAUGUCAAGAUGGUUCUGUAUUUGAGAUGAAUACGAAUAUAACAGGCCAAUGCCAGAGUUGCCCAAAUGGUAACUAUUAUGAUACAACUCAAAAGAAGUGCGUGGUGUGUCCAGUCGACACUUAUCAAGAUGUAAUUGGCAGCCUGAGUUGUAAGAAAUGCCCCAGAGGAACAUUCACUUUCAAAAGCGGAACAAAACAUGCCAGCGACUGCAAACUGCCCUGUUCUGCUGGUGAAUACUCUUCUACUGGUUUGAUCAGUUGUAUUGCCUGUCCCAUUGGAUAUUAUCAGCCCGAUAAGAGACAGACCAGCUGCCGAAAGUGUCCUGGAUCUACGAUAACCCUACGUGAAGGAGCUUCUUCAAUAUCUGAUUGUGGAAUGCCUUGUGCCGCGGGAACAUACUCGAAGACCGGUGUUGAGCCCUGUACUCUAUGUCCAGUGGGUCAAUAUCAGCCUUUCACCAGGAAAACAACAUGCCUAGACUGCGCUGACACCAAGUCUACGUACGGACGGGGCUCACGUCUACGCACUGAAUGCGUUGAGAUAAACUACUGCAGUUCCAGCCCUUGCAAUAAUGGUGGAUCGUGUAAAAACAACGCAGUUGGCUACGAAUGUCAGUGCCCUCCAGGUUACACAGGAGCAAAUUGCGAAGUAGAAGAAGAUGAGUGUGUGUCUAGUCCUUGUGCACAAGGAGGUACCUGUGUAGAUAAGGUAAAUGGAUAUAUCUGUCUGUGCCCUCCUUCCUAUCAAGGCCGUAACUGUGACAUGAAACUGAAUGAAUGUUCACUAGGCUUGUGCAAAAAUGGCGGCAUAUGCGUGGAGUCUCCAAGUGGUCCCCAGUGCAUGUGUGCUGAUGGAUACGCUGGUCAGUUCUGCGAAACAAACGAGAAUGAAUGUGCAAGUAAUCCAUGUCAAAAUGGCGGGAAAUGCGUUGACAAAAUCGAUACCUUCAGCUGCUCUUGUAAAAGUGGUUUCACCGGAGAGCGAUGCGAAACCAAGACCAAUGGCUGCCAACAAGACUCUUGCCAGAACGGUGCAACAUGCCAGGAAACUUCGUAUGGAUACAAAUGUGCAUGUGCAAAAGGGUAUGGAGGUCUUAAGUGUGAAGUUGAUAUUAAUGAAUGUGCUAGUUCUCCUUGUGCGAAUGCUGGCCUUUGUGUCGAUCAAGUUGGGGGAUUUAAGUGCUUAUGCAAAGCAGGAUACAGUGGCGAUAAGUGUCAAAAUGCUGGAUCUUCAAAUUUCGACUUGGCCUUCGAGCGUUCACAAGGUCGCGCUACUUCCUUGGUUGAAAUGCGAAGGGAAUUGCGUGCUUUCACUGUAAGCUUCUGGAUGAAGUCUGAGCUAAUAAGCGAUAUCGAUCCGGGAACUCCUAUUUCAUAUGCCGUCGAAAUUAAUGGAAAACUACUCGACAAUGCUCUGGUUAUUCAUGAUUACAAUGGUUUUAAUAUCUGGAUUAACAACGAGAAAGUCCCCACAAACGUGCCAGCAAACGAUGGCAAGUGGCAUCACAUGGCGUUCACAUGGAAGAGCAAUACUGGUCUCUGGAAUGUAUACAAAGAUGGCUCUAAAGUUAAAUCCAGUUCUUCGCCCUUCCAAAAAGACAAGGUAAUUCCUGCAGGCGGACUGUUCGCACUCGGCCAAGAACAAGACAUUUUAGGAGGAAAUUUCAGUGCCAACGAAGCUUUUAUUGGAAAAAUGACGCAGAUGAAUAUCUGGAGCUAUGAACUUGACGCAGCUGAAAUUGCUGACAUGAGCAAACACGCUGAACACAGGGAUGGAAACGUCAUUGCAUGGAGCGAUUUCCUGGUCAAUGUCGACAAGACUGUAAUAAAAGUACAGCCAUCAGCAGCAAGAAAGCAAAACAAAUGCUGGAGCAACUGGAUCGACAGAAAUAAUCCCACUGGCACUGGGGACAGCGAGUCUUCUAGUGGCGCAUGCUCAGGAUCCUCUUUCUAUGAUUGCCAAACGUUGACUGGAGAAGGACCUGAGGACGUCGAGUUAAACGUCACUUGCUCAUCUAGUGGAGUCAGGUGUUUGAACAGUGAGCAAGGCUCUCCUUCGCGUGUUUGUCCUGAUUUUAAAUUCAGGGCAGUUUGUGGUUGUCCAGUUAACAGAGCUUGUGCCACAAAUCGAUGCCAAAAUAAAGGAGCUUGCAUUUCCCUUCCUGUUGGCUACAAAUGCAGUUGUCCGGCUGGUUUCGAAGGAAAGCAUUGCGAGAUAGCCGUCAACUGUCCAAACCCUGGACCUCUCGUUAAUGGUCACAUGACUCCAUCUUCAUCAGCCUUUACGCCUGGUGCAAGAGUUAAUUUCGCAUGUAAUAAUGGAUUCAGGCUCGAAGGAUCAUCCGCACUCACAUGUCGGUCUGGACAAUGGCAAGGUGUUAUUCCUGUUUGUAAAGACAUUGACGAGUGUUCUCAGAACAUAUGCCAGCAUUCGUGUGUCAAUUUUGACGGAGGAUACAAAUGCACCUGUGCAAAAGGAUAUGCUCUUCGAAGUGAUGGAAGAACUUGCCAAGAUAUCAAUGAGUGCAGUGUAAACAACGGUAACUGUCAGCAUAGUUGUCACAACAGUGCUGGAAGCUAUAGAUGUUCUUGUAGAACAGGAUAUACUCUCCUUCCAGACGGCCAAUCCUGUCAAGAUACAAACGAAUGCUCCACCAAUCAGGGACGCGGUCCAUGCCAACAAAUUUGUGUUAAUCAGCUAGCUUCAUUCAGAUGUGAAUGUAACAAAGGCUACGUUCUUAAUUCAGAUGGCAGAACUUGCAAAGCUCAGUCAUGUCCUCGUCUAACCGCUCCAUCUCAAGGAAAGCGAGUUCCCAACAGAGAUCUAACUGCUCUGGGAAGUGUCCUACGCUUUGAGUGUAAUGAUGGAUACAAACUCGUCGGUUCGUCUUUAAGGACCUGCAUGUCUGAUAAUCGAUGGUCUGGGUCACAGCCCUCUUGUGUCAAGGUUCAAUGCAUAUCUACAAAGGCUCCAUUGAACGGUUACGUGCAGCAGCCGCAUUUGAACUAUGGUAGUGUAGCAACCUACAGCUGUAAGAGUGGAUUCAGCCUCGUUCCCUCGGCAAAGCGUACAUGUGGUGCAAACGGAGAAUGGUCUGGCGAGCAGCCAGUAUGUAUUGCCGCUACGUGUCCAGAACCUUCAGCACCAGCUAGAGGCCAGGUCGUAGGUCUACAAAGAGGCUCUGGGGACACUGUUAGAUUCGAAUGCAUAGAGGGAUACAAAGUCGAUGGAUCAUCGUACGCUGUUUGUCAGAGCAAUGGAAAGUGGACGCAUCCAACACCAACAUGUAGACUUGUUGAUUGUGGAACACCACCAGCUCUCUCCAACGGCGUUAUAACCGGAACUGCCUACACUUACGGUUCUAAGAUUCAAUACUCUUGCAACAAGGAUUUCCAUUUGUCUGGACCCCAGGAAAGAGUUUGUGGACGUAAUGGAGUAUGGAGCGACAAAGAGCCGGUUUGCUUAGAGCGAUCUUGUGGAAACCCUGGCACACUCGAUAACGGAGUUAUGACUGGUAAUGAUUUUACUUAUGGUAAAACAGUUACAUUCACUUGUAACAAGGGCUUUGUCCUCGGCGGUUCAGCAUCAAGGACUUGCCAAACCAAUGGAAAAUGGACCGGAACACAAACUACUUGCAACGCAAUUAGCUGUGGUAAUCCUGGUGUCCCCAGCAGUGGUGAAGUGUCUGGCUCUAAGUACACAUACAAACAGAAGCUUCGUUUUGAUUGUAAUCCCGGAUUCAAGCUUGUUGGGACAAGAGAACGAAUAUGUAAUCUAGAUGGACAGUGGAGUGGAGUUCAGCCGAGUUGUCAACCUACGAACUGUGGAGCUCUCCUGGUUGGACCUACAGGAAGGUUUUCUUCCACUAACUUCCCCAACAGUUACGACAACAACCAGUACUGUCGCUGGAAAAUCACCGUGCGCUCUGACAGAAAAGUCAUGAUCACAUUUAACAGCUUCAAGACGCAGCCAGGAAAAGAUUUUGUCGAGAUUUACGAUGGCGUUUCCGGAGAGCUUAUCACCAAAUUAUCGGGAGUCCAUACCAAACCAUUCUCUUUAACCUCAAGCUCCAACGUCAUGGAUGUGAAAUUUUAUUCCGAUUCAAAGGAAGUAGCGAUGGGAUUUGAAGCUACAUAUUCUCCAGUCUCUUGUGGAGGUCUAAUAACCAAGCUUGACACCACCAUCCAUUCUCCUAACUAUCCUAAUAAUUAUCCAAAUGGUGUCACGUGUAUCUGGGCCAUCAACCUUGGACAUGCUUUCCAGCUUGAGUUUGAUUCGUUCAACACUGAGACUAGCUAUGACUACCUUGAGGGAUACGACUCUCUGAUGUCUUUCACAGACGCCAACAAGAUUUUUGAGUUUGAAGAUGAAUGGCCUUACAUCAAGCCACCUCAGUCAACCACAGGACAAAUGCUACUUAAAUUUACAACCAAUAAUUACGGUACCAGGAAGGGAUUCCAACUGAAUGUUAGAAAAUAUAGGGUUAUAGUGGGAAAGAAAAAAUAGGAAACCCCUAGUUUUCUCGAGAUGAUAUGAAUUUUAUUUUAAGAGGCUUUGAUUUUACUGACCAUAAAUGGGGAUUAUGGUAACAAGAUAUUGUACUAGAUGUACUGGUAACUGUAAUUAAAAUAAAGUCAAGAUGAAGUAAUUACACAAAGUA